AUCUGCAUAAUUGAUUAAUAUAUAUUAUGGUUAGCGUAAGUUUGAGCAAUCAAUUAUGGUUGGCAUAAUUGAUCUUGUUGCGGCAUUAUUCGUAUACCCUGAUUUUUGCAGAAUUUUCAUCCCAUAUUUGACUUAUCUAUACUGUCUCCUCACAAUAUGUCAUUUUAAUCGCUUUCUCUUGAAAUUUAAGGGUGUGUGUUUACUCAAUGAAAUUGAUAAUGCUCAAGUUAUAUGACGUACAUAAGGUGUUCGAUGAAAUGCAUCAAGUUAGUAACUUAGUAUGAAUGUGUAAUUUCAUUUACUUGUUUAUCAUGUUCUCGUAGUGACAAAUUUCUAAUUCUGCCACAAUUCUCCUCAGUUGUUUUUUGUUUUUGUUUUGUUUUGUUUUUUUUUUUUUUCUAGGAUGGUAGUUUUAUUUUGUUUAAUUUCUGUGUCCAAUCCCACUUGGUAGCUGAAGGAUAGCUCUUGUAAUUGUGCUGCUCUUUGUUCUUCUUCACCCCUGUAUUUGUCUAUAUAUAUGGUCUUUAUUCUGUACUUUCUUCGAUACUCAUCUGCUCCAAAGAGAAUCAGACACUCAUACACACAUACAGUACACACUGCCUAGUUGAUCGAACCUGGUUUUCUGCAAUUUCCUGAGAAGUUAGUGCCCAAAUUUUCUUCUGGUAUUGUUCAUCUUCUUUCGAGCUGCAAACUUUUAGUGAUCGAAAACAGGAAAACCAUGGGGUCUGAAGAACAUGUUUGCCUUCAAAUUCCAUCUCCUAUCAAAUACAUAUCAUCAAAUGAAGUGGCCGGUUCGGUUUGAUAACGUUAAGGAGCAUACCUUUUUCAAUGACAAGCAUCAGCUAACUGACCCAUCAGCUAAGAAAACUGAGAUGGCUGCUAUGAUAUCUCUUAGCAUGCCACCAUCACCAACGGAAAUUCAGUUACAGAACACAAAAGAAGUGCCCUUCAGUCCUGAAACAUAUUUCAACAAUGGAAUUCCAGAUUCUAAUUCUGCCGCAACUAAGCGUGCUAGUAGCAGCCAACUACCGGAAGAAGCAGAAUUUCACUCUCAGCCCCAGUCAAAAAUCUCUGCAUUUGAAGAUCAGGCAAUUCAAAUAGGACAUUUUCCUUAUCAACCAAGUAUUGAAAGAUUGAAAGAUAAGAGGUUUGAUAAUUUCAAGACAUGGUCUGGGAAACUUGAAAGGCAGAUAUCACUAGCUUCACUACUACGGGGAAAGCCACCGCGAAAAAGUGAUCAACCAGAGAAUGCUUCUGUGCAAAGUACAGAUCAAGUUGACCCUUUACCUGCAGACAGAUACUUUGAUGCAUUGGAAGGACCUGAGUUGGACACCCUUAGGGCUUCAGAGGAAAUUCUGCUUCCAGAAGAUAAGAAGUGGCCAUUUCUUCUCCGGUAUCCCAUUUCUUCAUUUAGCAUCUGUCUUGGUGUUAGCAGCCAAGCUAUUUUGUGGAAAACCCUGCCUAUCUCUGCCUCCACAAAAUUUCUCCACUUGAGCUUAACACCAAAUUUGGUUCUCUGGUUCAUUUCUCUUGCUCUAUUAGUUAUUGUUGCUUGCAUCUACAUUCUUAAAAUCAUCUUCUACUUUGAAGCAGUUCGUCGUGAGUAUUACCAUCCAAUCCGAAUCAACUUCUUCUUUUCCCCAUUUAUAGCCCUCUUGUUCACAGCUCUUGGAGUCCCACCUUCAAUUUCUAACAACCUCCAUCCAGCUCUUUGGUACAUCCUCAUGGCACCAAUUCUAUGUCUUGAGCUUAAAAUCUAUGGGCAGUGGAUGUCAGGAGGCGACCGCCGGCUCUCAAAGGUGGCGAAUCCUGUGAACCAUCUCUCUAUUGUUGGCAACUUUGUUGGGGCAUUGCUAGGAGCAUCAAUGGGACUAAAAGAAGGACCAAUAUUCUUUUUUGCUGUUGGGUUGGCUCACUACACGGUCUUAUUUGUAACUUUGUACCAGAGACUACCAACAAAUGAGUCAGUAAUCCCAAAGGAACUCCAUCCUGUGUUCUUUCUGUUUGUUGCAGCACCUAGCGUAGCUUCAAUGGCAUGGGCAAGAAUCCAAGGCUCCUUUGAUUAUGGCUCGCGGAUUAGUUACUUCAUCGCCAUGUUCCUUUAUCUCUCAUUGGCAAUCCGAGUCAAUUUUUUCCGAGGAUUCAAGUUCUCACUGGCAUGGUGGGCAUACACUUUCCCAAUGACCGGUGCUGCCAUUGCAACCAUCAGGUACUCGAAUGAAGUGACGAAUGUAGCAACUCAAGCUUUGGCUGUCAUACUCUCUCUCAUUGCCACGCUCACAGUCAUGGCUCUCUUCAUAGUAACCCUAUUGCAUGCCUUUGUGCUCCGAGACCUCUUCCCCAAUGACAUUCCAAUUGCCAUUAGUGACAGAAACCCAAAUAAACCACACAGAAAGUGGUUCCAAUUAAAGCAGGAAAGCUCUUCGUAUCCCAAAGAGAUUGAGAAUUCCUUGAAGUCAACAACAGGCUCAGAGAAAAAGGAUUUGGAAAUUUGAAGAUUCCUCGAUCAAAACCACCAAACUCUCUUAUCUUUCUAGCUAGCUAGUCGAACAUGGGACCAUGGGCCAGUGUAUUCCAUGCACCUAUGUGCAACAACACUGACCAUGUGAUAGUCACGGCUGUUAAAAAGUGGGGUUUCUGUUAGUCCUAAAGGGGUUAGUGGUCAUAAGACAAAAAAGGUGAAACCGAGUAAAAAAUAAAUUUAACCAUGACCUCUGACCCCACGGGCGGACCCACCUCAUGCCCAAAUAAAGGAUAUUGCCGUCGGCCUGUCACUUAAAACUUUACAUACUUAUGUUAAUUAAUAUACUUACAAAAUAUAUGCUAUGAAAAAAUUUAAUAAAAUUGAAAUUUAGAACA